AAGGUGGCGCAAGGGCAUUCGAGAGCUAAGAACUGUUCUCAGGUAAAUUUCGGGUCCUUUUGAGCUGCAGCAGACGCAACGAUGCCCACUGACCACCCUCUACACGGACGAGGUUCCACCAAAGACCUCUGACGUCCCUCUACGAGUCUACAGCUGCCCUAUCUGCCCUUUUGCACAGCGAGUGAGACUGAUUGUGGCAGCCAAGAACAUCCCUCACGAGGAGGUCAACAUUCACCUGAAGCAGAAGCCGGAGUGGUUCCUCUCCCAGAUCAACCCGCACGGUCUGGUCCCCGUCAUUGACCACAACGGUCACCUCAUCAGAGAGUCUCGCAUCGCCUUUGACUAUGUCGAUGCUGCAUUUGAAGGCCCCAGUCUCUGGCCUGCUGACCCCUACAAGAGAGCCCUAGACCAACUCCUGGUGGAGGACUUUGGAAGCAAGUUCAUUCCCAAUUACUACAAGUACUACCGCGACACUGCCGACGAGUCAACUGCCAAAAUUAUCAGGGACUUCCUCAAGAGGCUCAACGAUCUCGUUAAGUCUCGCCCAGGGGGCUUCGUGGCCGAGGGGACUUCCCCUGGUGCCGUGGAUUACCUCAUCUGGCCAUGGCUGGAGAGACUUGCAGCACUCAAGCUUCUCUCUACUGAAUUUGCCGAGCAAACCAAGGAGGAGGAUUUCCCAGAGUUUUUUGGCUGGGUGGAGAGGAUGAAGGGAGUGGAGGCCGUCCGGAAGUCUUACCAGCCCCCAGAGGCCCAUCUGGCCUUCAUCAACUCGGUCAAGGCCGGAGUACACGACUAUAGCCACGCCGAUGUCACUGGCAAAGGCAUUACCAUCUAUGCCAAGAAAGAAUGAACUGAAUUUCGUCAAAAAUGGACACUACAUAAUUAUAUAGUUAUUAGUGCAGCCAAUUAUAAUUAACUUGCUUAGUGUUUUGUUCAAUGUUUAUUUGCAACAGAUCUGCUUCAGGUGCUCACAAGUGGCAAAAAAACUCGCUGCUGCAGCACUGUACGUAAAAGCCACCCCACUCACAACCCACCAACCCACAAGAGAAGUAUUACAGUUUACAUGCAGCUCAAGACAAGUCAACACCAAUCAAGCUAUACAUUUUAAGACUCUCUCGAUAGUUUGAUGUAGGAUGGGUCAGAGUCCAGAAGUUCAGUGAGGGUAUUGACCAAUGCGGCAAACUUUGGUCUUUUCUCGGGACUGGCUGACCAACAUGAGACCACCACUGCCCAUCUUAUGCUUUCAGCUCGUCAGUUGCAGAGCUGCCAACAUGUACAGGCAACUGUCAGUAAAAACCGUAUAAAGUC